AUGUCCUUUCCCAACAGCUCUCCUGCCGCUAAUACUUUUUUAGUAGAUUCUCUCAUCAGUGCGUGCAGGAGUGACAGUUUCUACUCCAACAGCGCCAGCAUGUAUAUGCCACCUAGCACAGACAUUGGGACGUAUGGGAUGCAAACCUGUGGACUCCUUCCGUCUCUGGCUAAGAGAGAAGUUAAUCACCAAAAUAUGGGUAUGAAUGUACAUCCUUAUAUACCUCAAGUAGACACUUGGACAGACCCGAACAGAUCUUGUCGAAUAGAGCAACCUGUUACACAGCAGGUCCCCACUUGUUCCUUCACUACAAAUAUUAAAGAAGAAAGCAAUUGCUGCAUGUAUUCCGAUAAGAGAUCCAAACUCAUUUCUGCAGACGUCCCUUCCUACCAGAGGCUGGUGUCUGAAUCAUGCCCCAUUGAGAACCCCGAGGUUCCUGUCCCAGGAUAUUUUAGACUGAGCCAGACCUACGCCACUGGGAAAACCCAAGAGUACAAUAAUAGCCCUGAAACGAGUUCAACUGUAAUGUUACAGUUAAACCCUCGCGGCAGCUCCAAACCGCAGAUAUCUGCUCAACUUCAGCUGGAAAAGAAAAUGAAUGAAAACCCGAACAACCAAGACAGCACCGCUAAAGUCUCUCAAGUGGAAAGUCCCGAGCCCAAGUCCACGUUGCAAGAGGAGCGGAGCUGUCUGCCCGAAGGCUCCGUGUCCAGCCCAGAAGUCCAGGAGAAGGAGAGUAAAGAGGAAAUCAAGUCUGAUACUCCAACAAGCAAUUGGUUAACUGCAAAGAGUGGCAGAAAGAAGAGGUGUCCUUAUACUAAACACCAAACACUGGAAUUAGAGAAAGAGUUCUUAUUCAAUAUGUAUCUCACUCGAGAGCGCCGUCUAGAGAUCAGUAAGAGCGUAAACCUCACUGACAGGCAGGUCAAGAUUUGGUUUCAAAACCGCAGAAUGAAGCUCAAGAAGAUGAGCAGGGAGAACCGAAUCCGGGAACUGACCGCUAAUCUGACCUUCUCUUAAACCCUAACCCCGGGGGGGGGCACCAGUGAGGAAUGGGCACAGCACCACCACUUGAUAAAGGCAGGAGAGACUCUGGCAAAACCCGGCAUUUUCCAGUUUUGUUUUGUUUUGUUUUGUUUUCUGAUAGAAUGUGACUCUUCGUCCUUCUUUUAGCGCUGCAAGUGAAUAUGUAUUACUAUGAUGAGUAUAUAUAAAACCUAGCACGUGUAAUUUAUUUUUGUUCUCAUCGUAAUGCAGGGUAACUAUUAUUGAAUAUUAUCAUUUGGUCUUAACUUAUUGAAACUGUCGAACAUCCAAGCAAUGUGACUUUUUCAUGUUUUUACUAACAAAAUGGUAUUUAUGUGGGGCUGUUACACGGGCCAUAACAUUUUGAGUACAUUCAAUACUUUCAGAAAAAGAGUGGGGGGAAACUGUGGGGGCGGGGGGAAAGAGAAGCACAUUAUAAUGUAACUAUCCUCUCAAAUGAAUUUAGAGA